AUGGCAUCAACAACCGAGGACCAAGUCGCUGUGGAAUUCCCUCCUCUCUUGUCCAAGAAAUUCAACAUCACUGGCAUCAAACAAGACAUGCUCAAGUGGGAUAAGGAGUGGGAGGCGGUGAUAGCAUCAUCAACAGCAGCAGACGUCCUCAAGGAGAUUUCCCAUGUCAUGGAUGAUUCUUUCUUCACUCUUGAUGACCUGGAGUUUCUCCGCCUAGAUCUCCGCAACGUCCAAGAAGGUGCAGCUCAAAGCCUGCGCAAGAUCUUCCACGAAGGGCACUUUAACACCAUCUGGUUGCUGUUGGAUGCCUCUGAGCAGAGGAGACAUAUCCUUGGGGGUCUUGAGAAGGCAUCUGAGGCACAGACGCUCUGGGGCCAAGACAGUCGUGCUCUUUGCCCAGAGGUCACAGUUUCAAACUUCCUAUCGGAGGGCGGGAAGGGUUUUGUCGAUUUUCUUGCUCAUUUCUUGGAGGUCUUCGAGUCGUCUGAUCCAGCGUUCCUACCAAACUCGUGGUGGGAACAGGCGUCGGAUCUGCCAAACCCAUGGUGGGAACAAACAUCGAACGAUGCUAAGAAAAAGAGAUCCAAAAGCACAAAGAUCGUGUUUGAAGUCGCGACUAUCAACAGGAACAAGUUUAUUGGUUUCUUCUUGCUGUUCUCGCUGGCGUCGAUUUUACACGACAUUACCCAUCGUAGCAAGGGGAUGAAAGAUGUCCUGUCCAUCGUGGAGAAUACAGGAGCAUAUUUUGCCUAUUCUUUAGCACAGGCAAAAUCUUCUCUCAGGGACAAACCCCUUUCACGCUGCGAGAACUGCACGAAGACACCGGAAGACAUCGGACAAGGCGUUCGCUUCAUGUUCGAAGUACAUUAUUGCUCUCAAUUCUGCCAGAACGAAGACUGGCCCGCUCACAAAAAGGCUUGUGGCAAGAAGAAAGUUUCGAAAGGUCUCAGCGGAACCAAAGGCGAUAACCUUUGGAAAUUUAGUGGUCAAAUGAGUCCAUUCGCCGACAUGAUGCGUGAUCUCCCAAGUAAUCGGGAUGGGACUGUGAGUCUCGCAGACAUUGGCGUAGGUCCCUGUAAGGGCCAACGUUCCCCUGCUGCGGAGCGUCAAGCCAAGAUGCUUGAAGCCAACGAAGAUGUUGAUUAUUUCCUCUUCACUGCAAACGAUGUACCAGUUCGCUUUGUGAUCGAUGAUCCGGGAGCGAAGAUGGUCUUCCGGAUCAACCGGCGCAUGUUCAUGACGCAGACCGCAGAUUCUGGCCUCGAGGCUAUGGCAGAGUACAUGCUCAAACACAUGAGCGGAUAUCCUGGUUUGAGUCGGGACAUCAUCCUCAAGCAGCUCUGCGCGGAACACGGAAAUGACACCACCGAAAAGGUAGUCGAGUGGGAGCGGAAAAGUCGAGAACGUAAAAUCGGUACCGGCACGGUGAUAGGGUCUUUGUCGAAGGAUUUCAUGAAGAUAUUUGGGCACACUGUCUCCAACUGGUAUGUUAGAGACGGCACAUUGUCUUCUCAAGAGACUACGAAGAUUCUAGUGCCUUCCACUCGCAUCCAUCCAGCAUUCCUUCAACCUGAAACGCUCGACCUAGUUCUUCAAGGGUAUUGUGUGUCUGUGUGUCUGUCGGUAAAGUGUACAGUACUCGAUCAUCAUGCUAGUUGA